UCGCACACGUCGUCGCCCAGCCUCCUCAUCCCCAUCUUCUCACGCGCGACCUUCACCGCACUCGCCCAUUUCCACAUCCCCCAUUUCCUGUCGCAUUCCCCUAGCUUAGUCCUACGCAGACCCCAGCGACUGCUGUCCGCUCUCCGGAGGGUGUCGUCGCCCCGGCCGGAGUGGCGAGAGACCCACCUCUAUUAUGGCACUGGUACCUGCGCCGAGCAACGAUCGCAAGCGCGUCAAGGUCUAUGAAUUGAAGAACAAUGACUGGUUUGAUAGGGGCACGGGCUUCUGCAAAGGCGUUGUUGUGAGUCAAGACGAAGCCAAAAUCCUCGUCGCGUCCGAAGAUGACCCGACUCGGCAACUGUUGGAGACCAAGAUAUCGAAAGAUGAUGGCUAUCAGAAACAGCAAGAUACGCUCAUCGUAUGGACAGAGCAGAAUGGCACCGACAUGGCCCUCAGUUUUCAGGAGCCAGAGGGAUGUGCCGGCAUCUGGGAUUUUGUAAAUGAAGUGCAAUCGCGUCUGCAAGCUCUCGCGCAAGACGAUGGCCUGUCCGACGAUAUCGGAGAAAGUGUUAACCCCAUUAUGUUACCACUCCCGGAACUCGGAAAUCUCCACGAGAUAGAAAACCACAUGCGCGCGGCCAAUACCACCCCAGGCGGCCGCGAAGCACUCGCAAAAUUCAUUCUGUCUCAAGACUACAUUCCGAAGCUGAUACCUCUGGUAGAAAUGGCUGAAGAUCUUGAGAGCGCGUCUGAUCUCCAUCGGCUGUGCAGCAUAAUGAAGAUGUUGAUACUGCUGAACGACACCGCCAUCAUCGAGUAUGUAGUGACGGACGACGUGGUCAUAGGGGUGGUCGGGGCCUUGGAGUAUGACCCGGACUUUCCUCUUCACAAGGCUAACCACAGACAAUACCUCUCCGACGAGUCGCGAUUCAAGGAAGUUGUGAAGAUAGAGGAGCAGGCCAUCAGGAAGAAGAUCCACUAUACAUACCGGCUACAGUAUUUAAAGGAUGUGGUUCUCGCGCGCAUCCUCGACGACCCCACAUUCUCCGUCCUCAAUUCUCUCAUAUUUUUCCACCAAGUCGAUAUUGUUCAGCAUCUCCAAGCGAAUGGUGCAUUUCUGAAGGAGUUAUUUGGCAUUUUUGGCGCUGAGGAGCGAGACCUCCAACGAAAAAAGGAUGCAGUCCUAUUUAUCCAGCAAUGCUGUGCGAUUGCGAAGAGUCUCCAGGUUAGCGCUCGGGCGCAGCUUUAUCAGAAUUUUAUCAACAAUGGGCUUCUGGACGUUAUACAGUACGCGCUCAGGCAUCACGAUGCUUCAGUGCGGGUCGCUGGAACGGAUAUUUUAGUAGCUCUCAUCGACCAUGACGCGCUAAUGGUCCGGAGUAAGAUAUUCCAGGCCAUCCAGGAGAAGACGAAGCCCUUGACCGAUACGCUCAUUGAACUUCUCUUGAUCGAAGUUGACCUCGGCGUGAAAGCUCAGAUGGCCGAUGCCAUCAAGAUACUGCUGGAUCCAAACGCAAACUCCGCGUCAAUUGAGGCUCUCGGUCGAACCAACAGUGAUUUCUUGGCUAAGGUUAGAGGAACGCUACCCGCGAUGCCUCAAACUGAUAACUUUAUCCAGAGCUUUUAUGACGAAUCUGCCAGGAAGUUGUUUCAACCUCUCAAAGAUCUCGAAGGCAGGAAGACCAUGGACAAUCUCUCCAUCCAGGAAGUAUCCCUUUACUCCCAUCUCGUCGAGGUCCUUUGCUUCUUCAUUCGGCAACAUUCAUUCCGCAGUAAAUAUUUCAUCCUUUCCGAAGGUCUCGGAGCUCGCGUUGCCCAGCUCAUGGAUUGUCCAGAGAAGCAUUUGAAGCUAACAUCGCUCAAAUAUUUCCGCACAUGUAUCGGCCUACAUGAUGAUUUCCAUAAUCGGCAAAUCAUCCAGCAUCACCUCUUCGAACCGAUUCUUAAAAUACUGUUCGACACAAUGCCUAGGGAUAACCUCCUCAACUCUGCUUGCUUGGAGCUCUUCGAGUUCAUCAAGCGCGAGAAUAUCAAGAUUAUUGUCACACAUCUCGUUGAAACGUAUCGAGAAAAACUAGCUGCCAUCACUUACGUAGAUACAUUCCAGAGCCUCAUUCUCCGGUACGACCAAAUGCAUGAACCACCAACUACCCAGGAGCUUGAGAAUUCCUUCACUAGCGUGGAUAGCGAUACUCCGGCUCGGAAUGUAGGUAUCAUGAACGGCGGAAGAUGGGGUCAAGCGUUGAAGGAUGCGGAUGCGGAGGAAGAAGCCUACCUCAACGGGUCAGAUGAUGAUGACGAUGAUGGUCUGCCAAGUGCGGUGAAGCCCGUGCUGAACGGGGCGUCUCCGGUUAGACCAUUGGUGAGCUAUCCCGAUGAUGAGGGUGACGAUGACGACAUGGACAUUCUUGCUACAAGCGCUCCAUUAGUAUCACCGCACAACAUAUCGAGCGCUACUCAGACCCAGGAAACACCCGUCACGAGUCCGUCUCCCAAGCCAACGGGUGCCACACCGCCGGAACGUAUUUCUGAAAAACGCAGAAGAGAGGAGGAUGAAGAGGAUGAGCUGCUUGCCAACAUAUCCAACUCCAGUACGAAAAGGCGUGCAUCUCUCAGCAGCAAUUCGAGCACGGCCAGUACAGGAAGUAUGCAGAGGCUCCGCCGGAAACCAGGCAUCAACUCUGGGAAAGACAACGGAGGUGGACCAAAGAAGAUAUCGCUGUCCAUUCCGCUUAAGAGUGGUGGUGAGGGAGGCGAAGGCGAUUGAUAGAUGA